AUGUUCAUGGACCGCGAAGCACUUAUUCAUUUUAUAGGAGGAGCCGUUGGAGGAACAGCAGGUACCUGUAUCACAUGUCCCCUUGAGGUUGUGAAGACGCGGAUGCAAUCAAGCAAAGGGAUCAAUCCCAUUGGACCAAGCACGAGUCAAGGCAAUCUUUACGGCUUGUGUCUUUUCAGCUAUAUCAUCAAAACUGAGGGAUUCGGUGCACUGUACAAGGGCCUGCUUCCCAAUCUUGUAGGUGUCGCUCCAUCGAAGGCCGUUUAUUUCUAUUCGUAUUCUACAAGCAAACGAAUUUGGAACGACUCAGAGCUAUUCGUACCGAAUAGUGCUAUUGUGCAUAUGGUGAGCGCAGGUUCAGCAGGUUUCGUGGCCGCAUCUGCCGUUAAUCCGAUAUGGCUUGUUAAAACACGGUUACAAUUACAUCAUGGUAAAUCCACCAUUCUGCAGAUGAUUCGCCGAGUUUAUUCACGCGAAGGCAUUAAAGGAUUCUACAAGGGAGUGACCGCAUCGUAUGCUGGUGUAUCAGAGACAGUGAUACAGUUUGUUAUCUAUGAGUACUUAAGAAGUAUUCUUCUACGUCACCGUAACGUUUAUGAGGACAAAGGAAAAAUGGCAAAAGUAGUUCGAACCAGGCUACGAGAGGAGUCGGCUGUGAAGAGAGGUUUUUUUCGUACUUUAUAUGAUUUGUAUAAAGAAGGUGGUCGUUCUAUGUAUCGCGGAUUAUCAGUGCAGGUUAGGACGUCGAAAUUACUUCACAUUUAUGACAAAGUGACUUUCAUCUUAUUUUAA